AUGUUCGAUUUCUUAUUCGCCUUUGCAAUUGUUCAUUCAACAAUCGCAAUCAUUGGAAUGCUUUUCAAUACAAUUUUGAUCUACUUGGCAAUGUUCAAAACUCCUCAAAUCAUUCGAUCUUAUGCAACUUUGAUUAUCAAUUUUGCGUUGACCGACUUUUUUGCAUGUUUUUUCGAUUUUUUUGUUCAACAAAGAAUUAUUCCGGCAGGCAAGACAUUGGGAUAUGUUUCAAAUGGAUUUUGCAAAUAUAUAUCUCCGAAAGCUUGUUAUGUUGGGUAUGCUUUUGGGUGAACAUUUUCUUUUAUUUCACCGUUUAGUGAUCAAAAUAACAAAUAUUAAUCAUUGAAAUAUUAUAGAUACAGUCUAAUGCUUCAUUUCUUUUCUCAUUCUUUGUGGUCCCUUCUUCUUUCUUUCUCAUAUCGUUAUUAUAUUCUAUUUUAUCCAGCUCCUCGAAGAAUAACUCUUCUCAUUAUAGUUUUCCUAAUUUAUCAACCCUCACUUUUUCAAUGGAUCGUACUUCUUUGGUCUCAAGAUGAUACCAAAGAUAUUCUCGCUGUUUUAAAAGUUAAAUUUCCGAAUUACACAUUUCAUGAAGAUCAGAUGGUUACUGGAACUCUAGAUAUUCUUCGGUUUGGUACGAUGUUUCCAAUUUUGCAUAUGACACUUCCUGUCACUCCAGUUUAUGCAUGUAUUUUGAUUUUAAGAAAUCGAAUUAUCAAAAGAUUAUCCGAACAAACGAGUAGUUUAUCACAAAAAACAAAGAAAUUGCACAAACAAUUAUUGAUGGUAAGAAAUUUCGAGAGGGGUAAAAACAAGUUUUUUUGGUUCUUUUGAAAUUAACCUCACAUAUUUGAAAAAAAAUCUGAAAUUGUUUUAGGCUCUCUCAUUUCAAGCCCUUCUCCCUGGUUUUUUCCUGAUCGCCGUAUCUUCUUAUGCUGUGGGUCAAUUAAAUAUUUAUCAUCAUCCCUUUUUCGAAUACCUCACAUAUUCCUCAAGUGUCUUUAUUCCAUUUCUAACACCAGUUUCCUCUUUCAUAUUUGUCACACCCUAUCGCCAAUUUCUAACAAGUAUCUUCUCAAAAGAUACCAAAGUCAAAGACACCAAACCUCAACAAAAUAAUUCGACAUCUUUUCAUACUGCAAGUGCUGUCUCAUCAAAAAAGUAA